GACGGUCUCGUCAGGUUUCGCUACUGGACCAGUCCUGGUGUAAGCGUUCGCGUGUGUUUUCGUCGCCCCGGCGCCGGAAAACGUUUUGACUGGUGCAGCGCGGAGUUGACAACCGGCGAUCCUGGUCCAGCCCUGAUCACGAUCCCUGGAUCGAUUCUGCACAAAUUCGAGCUGGUCAUUGAAGCGAGAAAUUUCAUCUUUCAAGCCUUCGGUAUGGCCGGUGGCUUGUGCGUCCUGGAUGAUAUCAGCUAUACGGCUAAAGCCGUGCGCAACUGCCGAUUGGAACCCCAUCAGGAUGCCCUAAUCGACCCGUCGAAACGUAGCUGCAUGGCGGUGCAGUGCUCGUUCGACGAGUACGGCUCAUAUCCCGUCGUAGAAGAAUGCUUGCGUAGAAACAUUCACGAAACCCCUUCUUCGACACCAGGCACAGGAUGGCACCUUUCCGCAAGUGCGGUUGGAAAUUACCAUACUGGUAUACGAAAACCACUCGCUGGUCGCUAUGCGUAUGUUCAUGGACCUGGUUCUAAGGUGUUCUGGUUGUCGCAAUUCAGUUUGCCACGUGAUGCCGUCCUAGAAUUCUGCUAUUACAGAGCAUUCCGUAACGCACGUCUCGCCAUCUACAAUGAACAAGCGUCGAGUGAGAAUCGAACACAACUGUACGAAAGCGACGAAAUCGAUAGUAACCCUCAUGAGUGGGUCUGUGACGGGGUUCGGCUACCCAAGGGGGACUACGCCUCGGUCUAUUUUGUCGCCGAGAAAUUGAGCAACGAGUACGCUUAUCUGGCGCUCGAUCAAAUUGGUUUGGCUGAUCCACUUCGCGCUGUCUCCAUGUGCCAGUCACAAAUGACGAAUGCGGCAACCAGCAGCCACCUCUCCAGCCAGCUGCUGCUGCUCAAAUCAGCCAAAAUAUUUCCAUCCCCCACACAAAUCCGAAAAAAACCCGAAAUAUCCUCUAUUCUGGAGAUUUAA